AUGGCCAGUCGGAGAGGACGAAACGAGCACGACGAUUUCCUUGCCGCACUGCCUCCAGAUCAUCCGUUCGCCUCGCGGGCGCCGCCCAAACACAGUACCACGCCGUUGUUACCCCCCCUGUCGCGCAUGGCUCUGGAGCCGAGGCGCGGCCCGCACCCCCUCUUUGACCCGCGCAGCGGUCCCAGAGACGGAGCCUUCUGGGGCUCAGGGGGCGACCGCGGUCGCCCUACCGCGGACCGUGGACCCAACGAGCGCUGGGCGAGGGGCGAAGAGAUCCCGGACGACGGCCUCAUGGGGGGAGGUGCCGGCGCUUUCGGCUUGCGGAGGGACGCCUGGGCAGACAGAGGGCGACUCGGAAGCUCUGCGAUGCUGCCUCGGGGAAAUUCGCCCCCGCCCUCCUUCUUUCAGGAACGCCUCAUGGUGCGACGCAAGAUGGUGCAAGAUGCAGAAAUGGCUGGCAUCAUGAAGGAGCAGAGACGAGCCUUGAAGCGGACCCUCAAACCUGCUCUUAUGGUAGACAGAUGCACGACUCCUCCGUUUCUUCUUCGCGUGUUCUACAAAGUUGACGAUCAGCAUUCUUUCGAGCAGUUCCAGCAGCGCGGCCGUGAGCCCGUCGAGGACGAGUUGCAGGUCUAUGCUUGGAUGGACAGCAAGCUUCGAGAGAUCGCGUACCUGGUCAAAGACGUUUGCUGGGAAGCGAGGGACCGCCAUGCAGUGUGGAAAUUUCGCCUUGUGUACCCCGACAAAACGGGGAAGAACGUGAUUGCAGAUAUUGGGCUCCUGCACUCCACAAUUCCCGAUCUCAAGGAAGAUUCGAAAUCUCUGGCGGACGUGAAAUUCCAAAUCGGCGAUUUCCUUCUUCUGUCGAUCGUGAAAGACAAGAAAGACGCUGACAACCAUCUGUCUCGAGCGGGGCAGCCGCUGCGUACAACAGCAGGCGGAUGGGAGAAAGUGGUUCAAGAGGAACUGGAGGGUGUGAAUUCUGCGGUCGGGGACUCCAGUGGAGACGGGGCGGCUGAGGAAGGGGGGUUGGCAAGCGCCGGCAAAGACGGGGACGAGACCGCGGCGGAAGAUAAGUCGAAGACUGGAAUGAGUGCGAGGGACGACGCGGCGCAUCACGAAAGUGACAAGAAGGAAGACGACGAGGGAGAGACAGAGGCUUUCGAGAAUCAAAGAUACACCGCCCCAGACCAACACACCGACGAUGCAGAUGACUUGGAAGAGAGGAAAGACCAUGGGGCCGCUACAGCUCUCGCAGAGUAA